ACAAUGAAACAACCCACCUUUAUUACACUGAUAAAAACAAUAAAAUAACUGAAUACAUAUUAUUAUUAUAUAUGUAAUGUAUUUAUAUCUCAUUUGUGGCUGAGAAUCAGAACAAUAACAACAAAAAUAAUGGCUGCCAAGAAACUAUAUGAUUCAUUCCCAAAAAGGCUGAUAGAUGAGGUGCAUAAAUGGGGUUCAAUGAAACAAACAGGUGUUAGUUUGCGUUAUAUGUUGGAAUUUGGUUCAAGAUUUACUGACAGAAAUCUUAUUUUAGCUGCUCAAUUUCUUCAUAAAGAAUUACCCAUUAGAAUUGCUAGGCGUGCCAUUGAACUUGAGUCACUUCCUUAUGGUUUGUCUGAAAAACCAGCUAUUCUCAAAGUGCGAGAUUGGUACCUAGACUCGUUUCGUGACCUUAGAACCUUUCCAGAUAUCAAGGACAAGAAUGACGAGCAAGACUUCACAAAAAUGAUUAAUCUAAUCAAGGUCAGACACAAUAAUGUUGUCCCUACCAUGGCUUUAGGAGUGCAACAGUUGAAGAAAGAUCUUGACCCAAAACUUGAUUACAAAGACUUGGAUGAUAUACACCAGUUUUUAGAUCGUUUUUAUAUGUCAAGAAUUGGGAUUCGUAUGCUAAUUGGGCAGCAUGUGGCGAUGCAUGAUCCAAAUCCCCCACCAGAUCAAGUUGGUUAUAUACACACAAAGAUGUCCCCGUUAGUGGUGGCAAGAAAUGCUAGUGAGGAUGCACGCUCUCUAUGUUUACGUGAGUAUGGCAGUGCACCAGAAGUAAAUGUCUAUGGUGAUCCUGAUUUUACAUUUCCUUAUGUCCCUAAUCACCUGCAUCUGAUGGUCUUCGAGUUAGUUAAAAAUUCAUUACGUGCUGUUGAGGAGCGGUUUAUGGACUCAGACAAAAUUGCACCUCCUAUACGAAUAAUAGUUGCAGACGGGCUGGAAGAUGUCACAAUCAAGGUUUCUGAUGAGGGGGGUGGAAUUGCAAGAAGUGGUCUCCCUAAAAUUUUUACAUAUCUCUACAGUACUGCUAAAAAUCCAAUUGUUGAGCGUGCGGAUCUUGGAACUGCUGAUAUAGCAACAAUGGCAGGGUAUGGUUUUGGGCUCCCUAUAAGCCGAUUGUAUGCUCGGUAUUUUGGAGGGGAUCUGCAGAUCAUCUCCAUGGAAGGCUAUGGAACGGAUGCAUAUCUUCAUCUGUCUCGUUUAGGAGAUUCACAAGAACCAUUGCCAUGAUAAUAGAGCUUAAAGAUGUAAAAGGUUUGAAUGCAGGUGCAAGAUAUUAGUAGUCAAUUUCUUCCCUUUUCAAAUAUUGAGAUGCAUCUCGUUCAAACAUGUUUCUUGCUUUAAUAAUCAAAUCUGAUCCUCACGCAAUCUUGUCAAUCGAUUUGUAUGAGUUGUAAAGGCAUUCUCAUUAUCAAUGAUAAUUGAUUGAUGGUUCUAUCAAGCAACCUUCAUUUUCCA